AUGCGAGGACGGCGGAUCGGGCCAGGUGAGCUGUGGGCGGUGCUGCAGUGCUCUCUCACCGCCUGCUCCCGCAGCCUCGGCCCCACGGCUCCUGUGCCGCCCUGGAAUAAUUCAGAUAAUGGAUUACUUGAAUAUCAUAAACAUUUAGGGUUUAACAGAUUUGCUACAUAUAGACGUUGUAUCAUGGAUUUAAAAGACCAUAGCCAGCGGGCAGCGGCGGGCGGAACGACCGAGGGGCGGCGCGGGCUGGGCGGCGGGUGCGGGGGUCCGUGCUUCCGCGUGGUGGAGGGCUGGGCCGUGGUGCGGGCUGCGUGGGGCGUCGGUUCCGCGGAAGCCUGGGUAGGGCGCUGCGUGCGGGACUCUCGUCGCUCGUGGACGGGGCGCGAGCGCGCGGGGGACGUAGGGCGCCGACCUGGGGCUCCCCGGCGCUCCGGCUCCGCUCAGGGCGCCCGCUCAGGGGCCUCCGGCGCGAGGCCCCCUUUCUGGUCAAGAUGGCGGCGUCCAGGCGGGCGGCGCCGAGGUGAGCUGGAGCUGGGCCCGGAGAGGGACGAGUCUGCCAAGCCCAGGACUUGGACCCCGGGCUGGUCUCCAGUCUCCCGGGGAGCGGCAGGGGUGUCCAGAGAAGGUAACUACUUUGCCCACGUCCUAAACUGGAGCACGGAGGAGCAAGUGGUUAGUUCUGACUUGGCAGAUCCAGGAGACUGCAGGACAGAACUGUUGCGGGGGAGUUUCCUGCCGGCGCGGCUGGAGUCUCUGUUUCUCAGGGUUCGGUGGCUGGAAGAUGCUCCAGAGAGACGAGGCUGCGGCGGAGGAGGUGGCGGCGGCCGAAUCGGCAACGGCGCUGGGGUGGAGAGAAGGCGGCAGCGGCGGCGGCGUGCGGGGCCCAACGGUGUAAACAGCCCCGGAGGCGGCGGAGGCGGUGGCCAAGACCCCGAGGGGGAAGCGGCGGCUGAGCCAGGGUCGCGCCUCCUUUGGAAGCCUGGGCUGAGUGCAGCAGAGGGGUUCUGCGGCGGGCGCGAGCGGACGCCCUAGACCUCGCCUCCCUCCCUCG